AGCCACAUCCUAGAAGGGAGGGAGCCAAGGAACCAGCGCACCGCUCUGGAACCGCACAAGAAGUGACUUUUGCCCACAAGAACAUUUCGGAGUGCCUGGGUAGUCAGAGAAAGUAGCGCGUGGCCUCAGAGGUAUUAAGAAAACCUUUCCAGCAGCACCUCCGCAUUUCCAAGGACCUCGCCAAAAAAAAUGACAGGUUGAUCGAGAUCAAGAUGCCUGGUAACCCACAUGUUUCCAAGAAAAAGUCUCAACAGUUAAAAAGAAAUUCAAAAAGGAAAACUGAUGAUGAUGAAGAGUUGUCAGAGAAAAAGGUUAGAAACACAGGAAAAAGAAAUAAAAGUCAUUCAAACCAUCUGUCUUCUGAAGGACAAACAAAGCAUACUAAUAUAAAACAGAUAAAGAUAGCACCCAACAAAAAGAAAACCUGGCAACCACUUUCAAAGAGUAGCAGAGAGCAGUUGCAAACAAUAAUGGAAUCAGUAAUAAUAACAAUUUUGAGCAAUAGUAGUCGAGAAAAAGAAGAAAUACAGUAUCAUCUCAACUUACUGAAAAAAAGAUUGCUACAACUUUGUGAAACCCUGAAAGUCCCUCCUGAAAAGCUGAAGGAUUUAACUCAUGUGUCAAGACUACUGGAUGUGGAAAGGGCACGGGAGCAAGCUAAUAAAGAAGAUCUGGCAUUAUUGCAGGAAGAAAUAGAAAAAAUGGUAGAGACUGCAGAAUUGAUGACUGAGGAUAUUCAGAGCCUAAAGAACAAAAUUGAAAGUCUGGAAAGUGAGGUAGAAGAGGAAGAGAAGACACUAAAACAAGUGCUUCAAAUGGAUAUUAGUAAUGUACUCUCUCUUCCAGAACUUUCUCAGAAAAGUCUCAAAGCACCCACACUUCAGCAAGAAAUUUUGACACUAAUUCCAAACCAGAAUGCUCUUCUAAAGGACUUGGAUGUUCUUCAUAAUUCCUCCCAGAUUAAGAACAUGUUAACACUCAUUGAAGAAGCCUAUAAGAAACUAGAUGCCACCUGAACAGUUUUUUCUUGGAGUGUCCCAUAUUAAUGUUUAUGAUUUGUGGGGGUUUUUUUGUUUUUUGUUUUUUUCAAUGUUUAUGAUUUGUAAAGCUAUUAACCUAUGGUGAUAUUGCAGAGGCUGAGGCUUCCGUAGGAUUUAUUAUGCCCUGAUAGGCACUUUAAAAUUAGCCUCUGUAGAUCUAUCAUUAAUAUCUAAUGUAGUUCUGAAAAUUCUUUUUAGCAGUUGUCACAUCUAGGAAAUUAGCAUUUAUAUUGUUGUAUCUGCAAUUACUUGCCUAAAGCCAUUAAAAAGAAUAGUAGGCAUGACCUAAUAGUUUAUAAGGGUUAAAUGGAACUCAUUUAUUGGUUAAACGUGGAAUUGUGGUGUGUAAAUUAAGUACAGUACCUAGUAUGGAAAAGCAUUAGAGUUUGCUAUUACUAAUUCUGUAGCUGAUGGGUUGUAUUUUCUGCCUGAUCGUUUGGAAGAUGGAAAAUCCUCACUUUUUUACCUUGUUCCUUAGUCUUUUUGGAAAGUGGUUAAGAAUUGCCAGCUAUGUUUAACUUAGGAGGUAACAUCAAUAUUUUAUUUCUUUGGUAGGUAACUGAAUCGAUUUAUUUUCUACUGUCAUGAAAGCAUAUCUUUACUUAAGAAAAUUAUUUUAAAAGGAACCAUAGCACAUUCUUUCCCCCUACAAUAAAAAACAACCAAAAAUAAAAACCCUUUCUUAAUAAACCUUUCCCAAUGUAUAAUUAGCUUAUAUAUAUAUGUGUGUGUGAAUAAAGUAUCACUUAAAUAUAUCAAAAAUCUUUUCCAUAAUUCUGUUAACAUCCUUCAGGCAGACACCCCCAAGAACAUACCUGUAGUUAGACAAGUUGGACUUUCAUGCUCAUUUUAAUGAAGGAGAUAAUACAUUCUGAGGAUCCUAGAGCAACUCAGAAAAAAGGGUCAAAAGCAAUGUCCUUAUAGGAAAUAAUGGUAAAGAAGGACUAUUGAUAGAUUUUAAAGGGAAAGAAAGUCUUUAGGAAAAGAAGCCUGUCAAAGAGACUAAAAAUGUCUUCUGAUGCUA